AUGGACAGAUGGAGCAAUCAGACCACUGUAACGGACCUCAUUCUACUGGGACUGUUCCACCACAUCAAAGCACCCAAGAUGCUCUUUACAUUUAUCUUUCUUGUGUUCCUUAUAGCCCUUGUUGGUAAUGCAAUGAUGAUGAUUCUUAUUUGGUUGGAUGCACGGCUUCAUACUCCUAUGUACUUCCUUCUGAGUCAACUUUCUUUCAUGGACCUCUUAUAUAGCACUACUUUUGUUCCCAAGAUAGCCAUUGACUUCCUUUCUGGGAGAAACACUAUCACUUUUAUUGCCUGUGGAAUUCAGAUGUUCCUCUUCACGGCCUUAGUGGGAGCAGAGUGCCUUCUCCUGGCUGUCAUGGCUUAUGACCGCUAUGUGGCUAUAUGCCAUCCACUCCACUAUUCAAUUUUAAUGCGACCUACAGUCUAUGGUUUUUUGCUGAUUGGAAGCUGGCUGGGAGCUCUGACCAAUGCCUUGAUCCAUGUCAUAUAUACACUUAAUCUUCCCUACUGUACCUGCAGAGAAAUAGAUCAUUUCUUUUGUGAGAUCCCAGCUCUCCUGAAACUUGUUUGUGCUGACACGUCUCUCUAUGAGAAUACUCUUUUUGUCAGUUGUGCUGUGUUCCUUGUCAUUCCAAUAUCAGCCAUCUUAGUCUCCUAUGGGAAAAUUCUCUCCACUGUUUUGGGAUUAGGAUCAAAUUCAGGGAUGAAAAAGGCUUUAGCUACCUGUUCUUCCCAUAUGAUUGUAGUGUCUCUUUUUUAUGGAACAGCCAUUAUGAAGUACUUCCUGCCCAAAUCUUAUCACACUGCUGAGAAGGAUGAAGUGCUUUCUAUCUUCUAUACUAUCCUCACACCCAUGCUUAACCCCCUUAUCUAUAGUCUUAGAAACAAAGAAGUAGCUAGCGCCCUGAGGAAAAUUCUGAAAGGGUAA